CUUGGAAACCGGAGAAGCACAAAGCGUGUUUCUGUCCGGGUUCCAAGCGGCUCCGGCCGCCUCGCACGCGGGCUGCCUGUGCGUCCCUCAUUGGCCGAGAAAGCUGCUGCACCUGCUCUGCCAGUUCCCCCGUCACAGGGGAGGGAGGCCGGGCGGCCGGCACUGGAUCUAAUCUAAUAGCAGGAGGCAGCCAGGCAGCUCGGAGAGAGAAGCCAGGUUCUGAGCUCAUUCCUGCAGACUGUUCUCUCGGGCUCAGGCUCAGGAGCCCAGCCGGAGAGCCGCCCGGGCCGGGCGCAGACCAGGACCAGAACCAGAACCAGGACCAGGGCCAGACCAGGACCAGGACCAGGACCAGACCAGGACCAGGACCAGACCAGGACAAGGACCAGACCAGGACCAGGACCAGACCAGGACAAGGACCAGACCAGGACCAGAACCGGACCAGGACCCAGACCCGGACCAGACCCGGACCAGGACCAUGGCCAGCGCGGCGCUGCAGCUGGUGGGCCUGCUGCUGGGCGGGGCGGGCGCGCUGGGCACCCUGGCCGUGACCAUCAUGCCGCAGUGGAAGGUGUCCGCCUUCAUCGGGAGCAACAUCGUGGUCUUCGAGUCGCUGUGGGAGGGGCUGUGGAUGAGCUGCCGCAGCCACACCAACCUGCGGCUGCAGUGCAAGGUCUACGACUCGCUGCUGGCCCUGCCCGCCGACCUGCAGGCAGCCCGCGGGCUGAUGUGCGCGGCCUGCGCCCUGGCCGCCCUGGCCUCGCUGGCCGCCACGCUGGGCAUGCGCUGCACCCGGUGCGCCGGGGCUGAGGCCAAGGCCAAGGGCGCCACCCUGCUGGCCGCCGGGGUCCUGUUCAUGGUGGUGGGCGUGGCGGUGCUGGCGCCCGUGAGCUGGGUGGCCGCCUCCAUCGUCAGGGACUUCUACGACCCCACCCUGGACGACGGCCGGAAGCGCGAGCUCGGGGAGGCGCUGUACCUGGGCUGGGUGUCCGCGCUGCUGCUCGUGUCCGGGGGCGCCGUCCUGUCCUGCGCGUCCUACGUCCCCGGGGAGAGCGGGGGCCCCCGGUACCACCUGCCUGCCCACCGCGUGGCCCCCAGGAGCUGGCGCUCGGAGAGGAGGCCGGGCAGCGUGCCCUCGCGAAGCCAGUACGUGUAGGUGGGCAGGUUUUUUUUUCCCCUCUUUUUAUUUUUUAUUAUAUAGAGACCAUAAUGUUUUAUUUUUAAGUGUUUUUUCUUGAGUAUUUUCUUGAUUUCAGAGAGGAAGGGAGAGGGAGAGAGAGAUGGAAGCAUCAAUGAUGAGAGAAUCAUGGACCAGCUGCCUCCUGCACACCCUGCACUGGAGCCCGCAGCCUGGGCAUGAGCCCUGACCAGGAAUCGAACCCUGAGCUCCUGGUUCACAGGUCGACACUCGACCCCUGAGCCAUGCCGCCUGCACCGUGUGGAGGUUUUGGCUUCACCUAGCAGGUGGCCGCAAUGCCCACUGUUUCCUACAAGCGGAGCCCGCGGGCCUGGACUCGCCUUCUCACCUGGGGCGCCCCCACCCACCCGCCCGGUCGGUCGGUCGGUCGCUGAGGAUGGUUUGCGGAGCUCAGAGCGCAGCCCAGGAGACAGGCUGCCCCAGCGGGUCCGUCCGGAGGUUUGCUUCUCACCGCGGUGCCGGCCUUUCCUCCCUGACCCGAGCCGCCUCCUGCGGACUGUGAUCUGUCCCCGGGAUUCCUCAGGACGGACGGGAGGGACGUUCCUGUCUCCCAGAGACCGAGUCGGCUCCUGGGGUUCUUAUUCUAAAGGAGACGCGGGUCCACCCACGGAGCCCAGAGCCCACAGCGCCCUCGGGGGCCCGGGGUAAGAGGGCUGGAGACUGAAUACUGAGGACUGAAACGCGGCUUAGCAAGGAGUGCACCUGGGUCGUAACGGGGGUUUGAGCAAAAGGCGUUCAUCAGCGGGUGAAGGCAACGCCAUGGCUUCCGGGAGCCGUUCUCCGGCUCCGGCUGCUCUUGCCCGAGGCCUGCCUUUCCUCCCCGAUUAAAUCAACCGUUUGUCCAAGGCAGGUCUGCGCCAGGGGCUGCGUCUGCAAAGGGCUUUUCGCCAGAACUGCGCCCAGGAGGCAGCCGGGCUGAGACCGGGACGCCCUGAAGACGGCCGGGAGUGAAGUGUCUCCUUCUUAACCGCGUCCGGGCUGCUCUGGAUAGAAGUCGCGUACGGAUGUGAAUCGUGUGGUAGCUGCGUGGAUAAAGCCUUCAGGUUUUUACCAACGUACACAGGACGGAAAAGUCAAAUGCCUUGAUUUUAUUUGUUAACCAAAAACUUACCAACCAACCAACCAAAACAACCCCCAUGCAAGUUCUCUCCGAACAGGGUCUCCUCACGCUGGGCUCCUGUCACAGUCGCCAUUCCAGGUGCCAGGCACGGUCCCCACGUGACCCGUCUCCGGGUGUUUUAGGACGUUUGGAAAUGCUGUAGCUGCGUGUUUCCUCCACAUUUGAUGCAAUUGAUCAUCUCAUUCGAAAGUUUGUACCUACAUUUUCUUAGCUUACGUGACUGUGUGUCAUCUGCUUUCUGUCCUUUGUGUUAAUAAAUUUGCCUUUUAUAUAAAUUUUAUAUUUUUCCCUAUUCUCC